AUGGUUAUUGGAACGGCCCUCAAACUGCGGUCUGACCCAGCUCAGCAACCUGCUCCCGGGGCCCCAGAAGGAGGAGCCCCUGGUGGGGGCCCCCCCGGGCCCCCCCCCAACCUGAGCAGCAACCGUCGGCUGCAGCAGACGCAGGCCCAAGUGGAGGAGGUGGUUGAUAUAAUGCGUGUAAAUGUAGACAAGGUGCUGGAACGAGACCAGAAACUGUCAGAGCUAGAUGACCGGGCAGAUGCACUUCAGGCCGGUGCCUCACAAUUUGAAAGUAGCGCGGCAAAACUCAAAAGGAAGUACUGGUGGAAGAACUGCAAGAUGAUGAUCAUGAUGGGAGUGAUUUGUGCCAUUGUGGUGGUGGUGAUUGUAAGUAAGUACCGAAAAGCCCAUGAUCAAAGGUGA